AUGAAUACAAACUUAACAAGCAGGGAAGCUAAAGCUGCUGAGGAAAAGUCACCCCUUGGUAGACUCACCUUUUCCGAGCUGGCUCAACUUUCCGACUAUUUAAAACCAGAUAGAAAUAACGAAAUGUCGUUGUUAGAAGGAAAACCCGAGUUACCUGCACAAAACGAAAAUUAUAUGAACAAAUCAGAAAAAAAAAAAAUUUUUAUGGAAAAUUAUGAACUAACUAGCGAAAAUGCACUAAAUAGCGAAAAGAAAAAAAAAAAAUCUGUGUGCAGUGAUAAAAGUUGUACAGCGGAUAGCUGUUUAGAACAAACAGAGCAAAGCUACAUUCCGUGUAGCAAUAAACGCAUUGAUGAAGAAGAGAAUAACCAUUUGAAGCCUGCAAAGUCGUACGUGUCGCAAGGACAUGACUCUAUCCAAGGGAAAGAAAAUUUACCAAACUGUGAGUCACACGUGAACAGUUCGCUUAUAGGCGAACAAAAUGUGCUGGCGCAAAACGAUCAACAUGCGCAUAAUAACCUUUCAAGUAAUUCCACGCGCAUAGACAGUUCCGAUGUUUUGUUCCCAACAAAGGAGAAUGGAAACAGUGUCAAGAAGGAAUGCGCCUCAUAUUCGCCAAGCAUAAGUAACACCCGAAAGUGUGAAUGCAAUGAAAAUGGUAAAACUGGGCAAGGGGGGAGCGGCAAGGAAGGGCCAAAUGCAGACAUGCCAGUUUGGCGCAGGAUAAGCGGAUUAAGUCUUUCGGGCGGAAGUGCACUGGGGACGGAGGGCGAAGAGGUAGGAGAAGAACAAGUCGAUGGUGAUGACGACGAUGAGGAAGAAAAACAAGCGGAACAUGAAGAAACCGAGGAUGAACAAAUUGAAGGUGACCAAAUUGAUGAUGAUCAGCGUGAAGAUGAUCAAAGCGGUGACGAACGAAACAGUGACGAAGGAAGCGGUGAAGAACAGAGCGAUGAAGACCAACGUAAGGACGAAGAAUCGGACAUACCCAUCGACCCUACAACCACAAAGGAAAAGAGGUGUAGUCAAGGCAACAGACGCAAGGACGACCGCGCCGCCUACACAGAAAGGGAGGAACAAACUGCAGUAGAAAAAAAAAGCAUGUCCAAGGAGAAGACGAACAAGUAUAAAGACAAUUUAAAUUUAUUCCAUGAAGUUUUAAAGCACAAAAGUGAGUUAAGCUAUUUUCAUCAAAAGAUGAUGGAGGAUGAGCAGGAGGAUCAGAAGGAAGAGCAACAUAAGAGGCAGACGAAUCAUCUCGUAAGAGGAGACGUACGUGUGAAUAACGAUGACCACUAUAACGAACGUGUGAGGAGUAGCAAUGUAGCCAUAUUAAGGCAAAACGGAAAUGCGCACCUGUGGAAUAGUAGCUGUUCUAAUGGUGGAGCCUUUUCAGGCAAGUACGAUGUCGCGAAGGUGGGUGUGAGAUCUAAUAAUAGCACGUAUGGCGUGAUCGACGUGGGUAAAAAUGCCUCUUUUGCGGGAGAUCCCCCCGCAAGCGCAAGCAAUGAGGGAAAUGGAAACGACAUCAAUGACACCGCCGGUUCGAUCGAAUCGGUCGAAUUUCCCGAAUCCGGCGAUCUGCGUGAUGGCAACAUCGACAGCUACCGCAGCAGCUGCAGCCGUGACCACGUCCCCUCUAAAGGGACCCAGAGGAGCGAAUUUAAUGUAGCGCAAAAGGGAGACCACGAGAAGAAAUCAUUGCAGAAGAAGAAGAACUCGAACUUGUACAGCUACCUAAUCCUAGAAAAUAAAAAGACACAAGUACAAAAAGUAGAAAUGAAGAUAAAUGUAAGGUUUAAAAAUAUAUACUUCGUAAAGUAUAAGUAUGUCAAAUGUGUGGUGACAAACAAUUCGGGUGUGCUUGUUCACUCAUUCACCUUUUGCAAAAACGGCACAGAUUUUAAUGCACAGAAUCGGCUUUUUAAAAUGUAUAAUAAGGACAAAGAGAGCUUCAACAUGUUGAGUCCUGAUGAGGUAGAGGUUCUCCUGCAGGAGCUGAAAAAAAGUGUGCACACAGAUGUCACAUUCGAACUCGUGUUCGAUGCACAGGUGGUUAAUGGGAAGGUCGACAUAUCUUCAUCGACGUUUUACAGGCUAAGUUUCUACGGCGUCGAGGAGGUGCCCCAGAAGGGGGUGGAGCGAGAUGCCAUGGGCACGAAGGGGAGAGAAAUGAGUGCAAAGCUAACUAAAGAGAAAAUGAGUACCCAGGGUAGGGGAAUCAGGGGGACGGUUGCUAGGGUUGGCGUUACUGCGGGGAAGACUCCCAGGGGGAAGGCGACCAACCUGUGCUCUGCUAAGCUUACCUCUAACCAUCGGACUCUCAAUGAACCCCCCAAAGGAGCAACGGACAAAUCAGGCAGUAGCAACGCCAAGCCCAUCACGAAACCCAAGGAGGAAAAGGAAAAGAACUCCUACAUAGGAUUCACCAUAUUACACCUUAAGUACCUCUUCCAGAUGCAGGAAAAAGGAUCGAUUCAUUUAAACAUCUCGAAUAAUAACAAUGAGGAGUUCGAUUUUGUAAAAAAUUAUUCCAAGGAGGAGUAUGCACAACACUUGGAGGGGAAAGCAGUUGAAGAAAUGUACUCAAAUAAUUUGAGCUAUGUAGAUAAAAUAGGGAUGAUUUUUAAAAUAUUAUUUGGACAUAGUUUGAAUAUUUCCUCUCAGAAGAUUUUCCUAGAGUAUCGAUUCGCAUCAAGUGAUGUGAGUGGUGGGGGUAAUUGUGAGGAUGAUUCCUCUGACAGACACACCGAUUUUAAAAGCGCAUUGGAAAUGGUGCAAAAGGGGAGCGCAUCCAACCAGUUAGAGACAAAAAAGGGAGUGGAGGAAUGCUUGAAGAAUUAUCUGAAGAAUUGCUCUCAGUACAUUUACGACGAAAUUACAAUUUCAUUACUUGGUUUGUCAGAGAGUAGUGGAGAAUAUAAUGAGAAGAGGUAUUGUAGGAACGACGCGAAGAGUAGAUGUGUGUAUGGAAGACCCCUUUUUGGUAAUUCCCCAAAUGACGUAACCAUUCAGGGUGCUUUCUCGAAAGGUGGGCAACCGUGUCCUUACACAAUGUGUAGCGUUGCUAGUAGGGAGGGCAGUCCAGGGAGAGAGGUCAGUAAACUCUCCAAUGGGGGAUGUGACCAGCAUGAAGAAGAGGUAAAACGCUCUAUAAAUCACAUUUCAGAGGCAUGUCUACCGGACUCUUGCGAAUCAUCACAGAGGUUAAAACCCCACCUGGCCAAUCUAUUGCACCUGUUAGAGAAAAGGAAUGAGAAGAACAAAAGGGUUGCAACGCUGGAACAUAUCAUACGUAAGUAUGUCACUGGAUUCAAUGACUACCUCGAUUUUGUGGAGCUCAGCAACAGCAAUAAGGCAUACAAAGUUUAUGAGGAGAACAAGAAGCUAAAGGAGUACAUAAAAAACUGCAACGGGUUUUUUAUCGAGACGUUGAUGAGGAACCACCAGGAGAUACAAAAAUUGAAACACAGAAAUAAAACGGUUAACAUAUUGUAUAAUAAGGAAAGAAUGAGCAAUUUGGGGAAGGGGGGAGCCAAGAGGGACUGUUCCGUGGCAGGUGUCGAUUCGGAUGUGAUGGGUGAGUUGGAUGCGCUCGUUGAGCUAGAUCGCUUACGCACCAUAAAUAUGCUGGAGAAAAAAAAUGAUAUUUUUAGUAGCAUAAUUAGUAGGCGACUUGUUGGGAAGCGGUGCGCCUCGAACAGCACAGUGAAGAAAAAUGAGGGGGGAUGUUCCUCCGUUUGUCCAGACAUGACAAGGCAGGAUAGUCGAAGCGGCAGUAAUUAUCACGUGGGGAGGAAAUUAGAAAAGUUUUUUUUGAACAAAAAAUGCGUCAUGGCCACGGCGCAUGAUAGUAGUGCAAAGAAGCGGACUGACCUUUUACAUGGUAAGUCGGAUUGGCCGCAACAGGGAGAACUGCUCAUACAUGACCUUCAAGGAAGAAACACGUACAGUAAGUCUUCCCCACAAUUGAGCUCAUUCAGUGCCUUUCAUUUGGCGAAUGGCGGGGUAGUUAGAAGCAGUCAGAGGAGUCGGAGUGGGCGCGCAGCUUCACCAGCAGUGGACGGCCAAACAGACCGAACGGAUCAGAUAGGGAGAAGCGAUCGAAGUGAACGAAGCGGACAACGCGAUAGAAGCCACCUGUUGAAGUUCUACUCCAACCCGAUCGGCGCAGCCCUCCUCGCGCGCGCGCCUAACAAGAAGGAACAUAGUGAUGCCACCACGAGCAGUCUUGUAAAGAGCUCGAAAGACACAUACCUUCAUGCAAAUGCGAAAUGGAGCGCGUGGGGACGUCCAACUGAUGGGGGAAAGGAUGCGCAGGGCAGUAGGAAUGAUCACGUGGGGAUGAACGCCCCUUCUAACUCUGCACAGUCGAGUAAUCAGGAAAUAAAACCAAGACAACCUCUUAUCGCGUUGAAAAAAAAGAGUGGUACGACGAUUUGGAGUGGACAAGCGAUUCAUGCUGGUGGCACUGCGAGGAGCAGCCAGAAGGCGAAGUGCGAUGGGGAUAAGAAGGCAGCGACCACGAAAGGGACUCUCCACGAGGUGGACCACCACAGGGAAUGUAGCCCAUCGGAGGCGCGCCCACAUUUAGAGCGUCAACGGUGUGAACAGGAAGUGUCCGCUACCCGUUGCAGCAACAAAAGGGGUAAUAGAGAUACCCCCGAAGGGAGUGGCAAUUGUAGUGCAAAUAACCCUAGGGGCAAUACCCUCAGAAGGACAAAAAACAAUUACGACACGAGUGAGGUGUUAAAGAAGGAAUACUUUUAUAAAACUCAGAGAGGGUCAAGGAAGAAAGGGGAGGAGACACUGCCCAAUUGUUUGGUGAACACGACAAGUGGAAAAGAGAAAGGAAAGGCAAAACUAAUCGAGGGGACGAAUAAUAGUUUGAGUGAGGACAAGUCUGGUGAGUCCAAGAUAGCCGAUGCAGGGGGAGGUGAAAAUGCAUUUGUCACAACUUUGAGAGGUGGUAUGUCGGGGGCCACUACGGGAAGAAGUUCUACACGCAUAGGUCGAAGUGCUGAUCACGUACAUGCAGGGAGAAAGGUAACAGACGACACGGUAGUCACAGCUGGAGGAGAAAACAAAACUGAUCACAUGGACAACGCAGAUUAUAAAAAAAGGUACAUUGAAAAAGUUAUAUCGGCGUAUGAUGAUUAUAUUCUGACCAAGGGGGAGCACAGCAGUCAGGGGGGAACAGUUUGCAAAAUUAGGGGUUCAGCCAGUAAGGUGCAGUCAGGUGGAGGAGACACACACGGUGUGAAUAAUAAGGAAGGGGUGUGUACCCAGAAGAAGAGUCGACGGGACGACAAUGCUAUCAAGUCAAUAAAAGAAAUCAUCGAGCAUAACGUAACGAGAAAAAGUAACUUUGACCUAAACAGUAUAGAAAAAAAAGCACUCCUCAAAAACAUGCACAACGGUAAGGUAGGCUCCUCCAGUGUAUACCUUCAGGGAGUAAGGGCUGGUGGACAGGGGAGCCAUGUAAAGGGUUUGGUGGGGGGAGAGAAACGACGCGCCACAAACUCGAAGGAUGCAUACAUCCUUGACAUUAUUAAUAAAAAUUUGAAUAAGUCCUUCAAUCAGUUGGACAGGAUAAAGAAGAAGAUGAGCGAGCACUUGGUCGUGUAG